AUGGCUAGCUUAGCCCUCAUACAAGGCUACUCAUCCGCCGAAGACGAAGAAGAACGACGUCAUCUCGCAGACUCGGACGACUACGAUUCAGAGAGAUCGGACGACGACGACAGCGACGACGAGGCUAAGACCCCUCGAUCUCGUCGAAGGAAGAAAAGCCCUCCCCAACCGCCGGAGUUCUUGAACAAUGCCGUCGGGUGUGGAGACAGGAGGGAGGAGGCUGAGGAUGUUGAUUUAAGAGGGAGGAGGGGUAGGGCCAGGAGGGAGAAGAAGAAUCUUCCUGCUGUUGUGGUGGUAGAGGCAAAAGCUCAGCUGGUGGGGAUUCGUGAUCGAGUUAGAAGCGAUAUAGAGGGAAGCAGUCCUGCUCCAGCUACUGUUGAUACAGCUGGGGAUGGCAAACGAGUAAUUACAGCCUCAAACCCUGAACCAAAAGAUGCUGCAGAUCUGCUAAGGAUGUGCCUUCAAUGUGGGGUUCCAAAAACCUAUUCACAUAAUCGAGGCAUGGUUUGCCCUUUAUGCGGCGAUCGCCCUCCUGCUGACCCACUGAAAGAGUCCGAGAAAAAGAAAGGAUCCACCAUCAAAGAUAAAGAGAAGAACAAGAGGAUGAAGGGGCAAUCGAGCCAUGCGACAUGGAAGAGUGAAACGGAGAUGCAAUUAAGGCAGCAGUUUGAUUAGAAUUGACAUCAAAUGCUAUGAGGGUUGAUAAAUGAUUAAAUCAUCUUUCGGAAUCUUGUACUGUAUGUGUAAUGGAACUGUAUGAAAUUGCUUUUGAUGAAUACUUGCAACUUUCCUGUUAGAGUCAUGUGACCAGCACAUAAUGAGUUUCUUAAUUCAGGUGCGAAUUAGCAAAAUUAUUUUGUAAUUUGUACAGAUGAUUUAAUCGUCUGUUAUCUAAAUUGUUCAUCUGAGCAUUGACAAGAAACUUCUCUAGA